GUAAACAGCCUAAUAUCCAGGCUGUGCGAAGAACUUGUUUGAACAAGAAAGUAUAACUUGUUUGUCUUAAAUUUGACAAAGUAUUAGUAAAUCUGUUUCGGUCAAGACCUUAUAGAAUAAACAUCAUGACUUCGAUGGAGGAUCCUUCGCUGGAAAGGCACUUCAAGGGCCACAGAGAAACGGUAACAUCAGUUGACUUCAAUCCUAACAUGAAGCAAUUAGUUUCUGGUGGUAUGGAUUCUUGUGUAAUGGUUUGGAACUUCAAACCGCAAAUGAGGGCUUAUAGAUUUGUGGGACACAAGGAUGCAGUCAUGUCUGUUGCUUUUUCACCAUCUGGACAUCUCAUAGCAUCAGCAUCUCGGGAUAAAACUGUUCGACUGUGGCUACCCAGUGUGAAAGGAGAAUCUACAGUCUGCAAAGCACAUACAGGAACAGUUCGAAGUGUAGAUUUUUCGAACGAUGGUCAAACUUUGUGCACAGCUUCGGAUGAUAAGACCAUAAAGGUUAGAAUAGAAUAA